AUGGCAAAUGUGAAGAAAAUGAUGACUAAUUUUCAGAAAUUGGACAAGUUCGAGAGUGUGGAUUUUCGAAGGUGGCAAAAGAAGAUGCAUUUUCUGCUGACAUCACUCGGUGUGGCUUAUGUUCUCACAUCCCCUAAGCCAUCAAAGGAGGAAAACGAGACAUUGGAGGCUACUAGAAAGAGGAAGAAGUGGAAGAAUGAUGACUACAUAUGCCGUGGUCACAUCCUUAACGGUAUGUCUAAUGAAUUGUUUGAUGUUUAUCAAUUUCAUGAGUCCGUUAAAUUGCUUUGGGAUGAAUUAGAGUCUAAGUAUAUGGCCGAGGAUGCAUCUAGCAAGAAAUUUCUUGUUAGUAAGUUCAAUAAUUUCAAGAUGAUUGAUAGUAGGCCGGUUAUGAAACAAUUUCAUGAAAUCCAAAGAAUUUUAGGGAGUUUUAGGCAACACAAUAUCAAUCUUGAUGAGACCUUUAUUGUUUCUUCUAUAAUUGAUAAACUACCAUCAUCUUGGAAAGAUUUUAAGAAUGCAUUAAAGCAUAAGAAAGAUGAUAUUAACCUUGAGGGCUUGGCUUCUCACAUUCGGAUUGAGGAAGAAAUCCGAGUGCAAGAGGGACAAAAGGAUGUUAAUCCUAGUUCUACCACGGUGAAUGUGGUGGAGGAUUCUAAGUCUUAG